AUGGCGGGUAUGAAGGUGGAAAUAACCCACCUUCAGACCACGCGCAAGGUUUUCACGCGUUGGAUGAACUACCACUUGCGGUCGUCGUCUGUAGCGGUGGAGGACUGCGUCAAGGGCUUGCGAACCGGUGUGCGGUUGGCGCAGCUGCUGGACAGUCUCACGGGCUCGUCGCUCGUGUCGUCCAAGAAGUUCCAGUCGGGCUCAAUGGAGUCACUCGACCGGGCGACGCGGAUCCGCAACGUGCACUUGUGUCUGAUGUAUCUCGGUUCGACCUCGCUCUCGCUGACGGCGAUCGACGCCGAGGCGUUUGUGGAUGGCAAGACGGCGACGGUGCUGCAGUUCAUCUGGACGCUCAUUGUGCAGUACGAGGUGCUGCCGAUCACAGGCAGCUCGUCUAUCAAGUCUGUCUCGCACGUCUGCCAAACACUGGUGCGCAAGGUCAACGACGCGCUGCCAGGCUACAACGUGCUCAUCUCGAUCGAGUCACUCCCGCAUGACUUUAAGUCCGGUCUGGUUAUGGCUGCACUCUUCCACAUCAAGGACUUUCGGCUGGUGGACUUUUUCGGGCUGGUGCGAAGGCGGGCGACCCAGGCAGAGGUCUUUGAGGCCGUCAUUCCGCUGCUAGAGCUGCUGGACGUCCCGAUGUUUCUCGACACGGCCGACUUUGAGACGCUUGACGACUCGUUGUUUGUCACCUUUUUCUGUGCCUUCUGGAAAGCGUACAAGCAGUUUGAGCCAAGUGCAGCCGCAAGCGGGUCCGACGCAGCCGCGGGUCUCCGCGACAAGCUGACGGCAGCAUACGCCAAGAAAGCCGAGCUGGAGGCCGAGCUGGCCAACGCGCGGGCGCACAUUGCCUCGCUCACCGAACAGCUCUCCGAGACGCUGGCAAGUUCGGCCAAGACGGCUUCGGCCAAGGACGAGCAGGUCAAGCUGGCGCGGCAGGAUGUGCGCCAGCUGGAGAUGGUGGUGAUGGACCUCAAGGUCGAACUUAACGCCGCGGUGGAGCGUGCCGACGCAACAGCCAAGGCGCUGAGCGACACUCUGCUGCUCGAGCGCCAGCGCGCGGCAGCGGCGACGAAGCAGGAGGUCGACGCCCCGAGCGGCCAUGUGUUCCUGGCGUAUGUCGACAUCGAGGGCGGCAUGGCGCUAUGGGAGCAGGCACCCGAUGUCAUGUCGGACGCGCUCUUGCUAUACCAUGACCACGUCGAGACUGCGGCGCGGGUCCAGCACGGGUACAUGGUGCGUACCGAGGGCGACGCGAUGCUCCUUGCGUUUUCGACGGGCUCACAGGCAGUGACCUUUGCGCUCAUGCUCCAGCUCGCGCUCCUCGACGCCAACUGGGACGAACAGCUGUUGCGGCUGCCGCAGGCGAGCGUGGAGACCGGGCUGGGCACCGAGGUCCUCUUCUCUGGCCUCCGAGUUGCGAUUGCCAUUCACGCCGGCACGCCAAUGCGGUCGAUCGACAAGGCUACCAAGCGAGUUGACUAUCUCGGGCCGGAGCCUGCGCUUGCGCAGCUGCUGGCCUCCAAGGCGCACGGUGGACAGAUUCUCGUGUCGGACACUGCGUUCGAGGGCAUCGAGCCGCGCCUGUUUGAGAUCCGGCCGACGCCGCUGGUCACUCCGCUGGGGGUCAUCUCGCUGGCAUCUGUCGAGCGCAUUGUCUCGCUGACGCAACUGCUACCGGAACGCGUGGCGGACCGGCGGUUCCGUGGCUUCCGCACCUUGGCGGCUGACGAAGGAACCGGCGCUGGGGCCGGCGAGGCCGAUGCGGCGUCGGUGACCGAGCGCAAGAUGAUGCUGCUGACCGAGCGCAACUCGACCUUUUCAUCCAAGCUCAAGUCGCUCUCAUCCGAGGUGGAGACUGCGUCGUCUGCGGCGCGUAAGCUUGCCAAGACGCUGUCGCGGAUGCAGUACUCGACGUCGUCGAGCGGCGUCAACUCGGUCAUCCGAGACUUUAUGGAUGAGCUCGAGUCGGUAACCAUGACUCAGCGGACACUCAACGAGCGGCUGGCCAAGACCUGCAUCGAGAACGAGCAGUUUAGCGAGCACCUCUCGGCCAUUGAGAGCGCGUUUGAGGACGAGAUGGCGUCUGCGCGACGGUCGCUGAAAGACCGCGAGCGGGACCUCAACAUCAUCAAGCAGCAGCAGCUCGAGUCAACUUCGCUCACUGUGCGCGGGCCGGGCUCGUCAGCCAUGACCUCGCGCAUUGCAGCGCUUUCAGACCUGCACGAGUCAUACAAACGCAAGGCGCGGGCGACCGAGGUGCGCCUGCGGCAAGAACUCCGCUCGUCCAAAUCCGUCAUCAAGGAACUGAAGAAGGAGAUCAAGGUCCUGACCUUCAAGGUCAACAAUGCCAUCCAGCCAGAACUCGAGGAGCUGGUAUCGCUCGACUCGAUCCUGGCCGACGACGACCUACCGCCUGGCGCAUUUGCCAAACGCCCACCGCGUGGGCCGGCCAGAAGCCGGCUGCCGACACGACGGACCUCGUCGCGGCUCUCGGCGGCACUCUCGGAUCAGGAAACCACGUCAGUGGCGGCGAAAACCCCCCAGCGUGAGAGUGCGAGCUCACGGGCAAGCUCACGGACAAGCUCGCGCCAAGGCUCGGCUGAGAGCGUCGAGUCUGGGUGCGAGGAUGACAGCGUGUUGCAGCAUUCGUACUCGAUGCGUCUCUUUCCGGUCUUGCCGCGGGUUGACAGCGACCGUACGCGCUCGCCGUCGUGCUCACCGUCAGCGUCGCCACCUGCUCGGAACUCCAGCAGGCGGCUGAUGCGGUCGCAGUCGAUGCGGGCGACAACCGGUCUGAGUAAGGGAUCUCGCGGACGGCGGUCCCCUUCGACCGGAAAGAGCCAGCGCAGCGGCAAGUUGCGGCACUCGGCUAACUCACCAGGACAGGAUUUCCCUCCGUCGCAGUCGCGGUCUGGCUCACGCGGGCGGACCAGGUCGUCGCGAUCGUCGUCACGGUCAAAGAGCAAGGCGUCGACACUGUCGUCCUCUGCAACGUCGUCUCGCGCGCUCCCGCUCGCGCGCGACAUCCGCGAGCUUGUCCGCGAACUGCGCGGCGAGGCGCUCAAUGCUUUGCACAAGGCGCACAAGAACCCGCCGUCGAAGAGUGAGCACAAGGAGGCGAUUGCGUCGUCUGUCAACAGGAUCUUGGGCCUUGCGUUUUCGCCGACGCACGCGCCGUUCCCGAUCCUGCGCUGCGUCGAGCUUGUGACCCACGGCCUGAUCAAGGUGUACAGCGGAGUGGAUCUGCUGUACGCCUUCAAGCUGCUGGUGGGCGAGCUCGUCAACUCGAACCGGCUCUCGGACGAGAGCAUCGACUUUGUGGUCAAUGAGAUCGGGACGAGCCGAGGCAUCUUUGCCAAGCCCGAGUGGAAGGCUAAGUUUGACUCGUACCUCGCCGGCCUCCGCAAGAUGUCGCGAAAGACCAGGAAGCGAGACCGUCAGCUGCGGCAUCGUCGGUCUUCCACCGAUAUGCAGCCACUGCCGAGGCAUCGUUCAGAGCUGGACCGCUUUGGCAGCGUUGGCAGCCUGGCAGUCUUCCCGUCGAGCACUCUCGAAUCGGCCACAAGCCUCACCCUCACUAGCAGCUCGUCGCCAUGGUCGGGCACCUUUGGCAACGAGUCGAGCGAUCUGCUGCCGUACGAGGCGAAGCAGGCCGACGACGAUGAGUUUGCCAGCUCGUCGGGGACGGGCGAUGCAGACCAGUAUGGGUACUCGAGUGACGGCACUGAUAGCUGCAGGAGCGCGAACGAGAGCUUGAGCUUGAGCGAGAGCGAGAGCGCGAGCGUGAGCGGGUGGGAAGACUCGCAAUGA